AAGGUAUUUGUAGUUAAAAAAAGAAAACCAGUAGAUUAGUGUCAUUAUUAUUUUUACUGAAAAGGUGCAUGUAUACAAAUGUAUCUGAUAGAGAGACCAAAUAUAAAAACUACAAAUCAAAGGUACCCUUGGUCGUAUUUGGGGCCGGAAUGUUUGGCAAAGAUUUGGUGCACUACAAGGGAUUGAGAAGUGGAGUCACUGAACUCUUUUACAAGACUUUAAAGAGAAGAGAAAGUAAUGGUGACUUGAUAGUUGUUACCAUCGAUGAGUAUCUUACCUCCCAAGUAUGCUCUAAAUGUAUGACAAGAAGUUUGGAUGUUUUUACUGGUGUUCGUGGCUGUGGUGUUCUUGUUUGCAAAACAUGUCAAACACUGUGGCAGAGGGAUAUUAAUGCAUCUU